CCGCCAUCAUCAAAUUCCUCUCCCCCCCUUCCUCCGACUCCAAUCGCCACCACCCGCCACCGUCGCCGUCGAUUUCAUCUGCAAAAUUUUACACCGUAAGAAAGAGAUCGUCGCUGCUUUACACGCUGACAUCACUUUUUUUUUCCAGUAGUUUUCUAAUUCUCCCGCUGUUCAAGUGUAUGAUUGAAAGAUGAAUCCAGGGGAAGCUGAGAAUUGUAGAGAGGACAUGGAAAUUGAUGGCAAUGGACCAGAAAUGCCUGCACAGAGGCAUGUGGAUAUCAUGCCUGAUGGAUUUAAUGCCAAUUACCUCAAAGCUUACUAUGGAAAGGUUUUCCCACAUUCUGAUAUCUUCAAAUGGAUGUGCUAUGGCCAUGAUGGAAAGCACCCUGGCUGCGAUCCAACAUACCUUAGCCGUAGAGAAUUUUCUUUCACACUGGAUAAUGACAUCUACCUGCGGUUCCAGUCCUACACAAGCGCAUACGAGUUGGAAAGCUCAAUCAAAGAAAAAUGCCCAUUUAAAAUAGAUAUUGGACCAGUUUACAGCGUGAAUCCUGCAAAGAGACAUGCAUACGCACAAACUGGUGAUAAUGUUUUUACUCCAGUAGAGAGGGAGCUCAUCUUUGAUAUUGAUAUAACAGAUUAUGAUGACGUUAGAUUUUGCUGUUCUGGAGCUGACAUCUGCUUGGACUGCUGGCCACUGAUGACUGUGGCUAUAAAAGUAAUUGACACUGCCCUCAGAGAUGACUUUGGCUUCAUUCACAUUUUGUGGGCAUAUAGCGGCCGACGUGGUGUUCAUUGUUGGGUUUGUGAUGCAAAAGCAAGAAGAUUGUCUAAUGAACAGAGGGCAUCUAUCGCUGAUUACUUCCGAGUAUAUAAAGGCAAUGAAAAUAGCAAUAAGAAGGUUUCGUUAGUGGGUCCAGUUCUUCAUCCUUUCCUUGCGAGAUCAUAUACAGAUGUUCUGAGGGAUUUCUUCGAGGGAAAAAUGCUUUUGAGCCAAAAUAUUCUUUCAACUGAGGAGAAAUAUGAGAAGAUCCUGGAUAUGAUUCCUGAUGAAUCUGUUGCUGCUGAGUUGCGGGGAAAGUGGCAGGAGAUGAGAAAAGCCUAUGGCUCAAAGGAUGACAUUAAUGUUGUUCGAUGGGAGCAGCUGAAGAGCUUACUUUGCUCGGCCAAACUUAAGCACAUUCAAGGACUGCGCAGGUGCAUUGAAGAGAUAAUUUUUUCUUUUACCUAUCCCAGGCUCGAUAUGGAGGUUUCCAAACACAUGAACCAUUUGCUAAAGGCGCCAUUUUGUGUGCAUCCGAAAACAGGUCGCGUUUGUGUCCCUAUUGACCCGAAUAAUUGUGAGGAAUUUGACCCUACUGCAGUGCCAACCCUUUCACAGCUUCUGCAAGAACUCAACAUGAGCGGUUCGAGAGCUGAUAUGGAUGAUGAACUGGACAGAACCUCACUUGGAAGAGCAGUGAGAUACUUCAGAUCAUCAUUUUUGCAGCCCUUACUGAGAUCUUGCAAGGAGGAGAUAGAAAGUGCAUAUAAUAGUCGACUGCAGCAAUCAAAGAAUAAUUUAAGUUGGUAAGCGACCAUCGUUUGUUUGCCUCUGGGACUCCUUUGCUGGAACGCUUAUCCAUAAGUCUUGGCUGUUCAUGCAUCAAAGAGGAAAAUACGAGCGGCAAGAGUUCUGUAGCCAUCCUAAGUAAUCCAUUUCCAGUGUGGUGAACUAAAUUAUGCUUCAUCAUGUAUGUUCUCUGUCUUCUGAAUGUAGUAUAUGUCGAAAUGCUCCCAAAAGUAGUUGUACUAUGCUCCUUGUGCUACGGCAAGCCUUGCUUAGGAGUUUUGAGCACAGAUGAUUGUGUUGAACCAAACUGAAUGCGCUAACUCUUAGUUUAUCUGUGUAUCGCCCAAUUAAGAU